AUGGAAGGUGGUUUUUUUCCACCCUGGAAAAAUGGGUCCUGGCUGGAGUUGGCUUCAGAGGAUGUGCAGGAGAGUGAGCAAUUCAAACUGGUGUCAUCCUUGCCACCGUUGGCUGAGCCACCGACACCGCGUGAACCCAUGGAGUUCUUGUCUAGGUCAUGGAGUCUCUCUGCCUCGGAAAUCUCAAAGGCUCUCUCAGAGAAACAAAAACAAAGUUUCCUCGAUACGAAUCCCGACACAUUGCCAGAACCUAUUUCCGCACCUCAGUUAGCAGGAGGGAGGAUAACAGUUUCUGGAAAUUGUCGAAGGAUGGGUGCGAUUGGGAAGUGGUUACAUCAGAAGCAGCAUGGGAACACGAACGUUUCCGUUAAGAAGAAAGAUCGGGCGCGUGCGGAGAACGCGCGUGUGCAUUCGGCGCUGUCCAUUGCGGGGUUAGCCUCCGCGGUGGCUGCGGUGGCCGCAACAGAGGACCCGCGCGGUGGCUCUCGUUCUAAAUUGGACGUUGCUCUCGCUUCGGCCACGCAACUCUUGGCGUCUUAUUGCGUUGAGAUGGCGGAGUUAGCCGGCGCGGACAGGGAGCGCAUGGCCUCCACCGUCAGGUCCGCCGUUGAUAUUCAAACCCCCGGUGAUCUAAUGACUCUCACGGCUGCAGCUGCAACAGCUUUGCGAGGAGAAGCAGCUCUUACAGCUAGAUUGCCUAAAGAAGCAAAGAAGAAUGCGUCAAUAAGUCCGUAUGAUAAGGUGAUAGCGGAAACGCAUUGGCGUCGAGCCUUUGACGGUCAGAUGUUGGAACGUCACCCACCAUGUCUGGGGGAUUUGUUGCAGCUCACAGAAAAAGGGGCUUUACGAUGGAGACAUGUCCAUGUUUAUAUCAAGAAAUGCCAGGUCAAAAUUAAGAUCAAAAGCAAGCACGUUGGAGGAGCCUUCUCCAAAAAGAAAAAAUGUGUGGUGUAUGGAGUCUGUGGUAAAGAUAAUGCAUGGCCAUACAGAAAAGAAAGGGAAGCAUCCGAAGAGCUAUAUUUUGGCCUCAAAACUGCACAAGGUCUUCUAGAAUUUAAGUGCCAGAACAAACUCCAUAAGCAAAAAUGGGUUGAUGGGAUAGAGAUGUUACUUCGUAGGGUGAACUCUGUUGAAGCAACAGAGCAUUCUCUGGAAUUUUUAAGUAUCAGUAGCAGUACAUGA